AUGGUCCACGUUCUUGACCUGCUCAACGCUCAUGUUGCCGACUCGUUCGUUGGCCGGUGGUUCAGGCUGGAGGGAAGUGGUCAUCCAAGGGAACGGGAAGGGUCUCGCUUCACCACCGAAAUCCGCGCUGGAGUGACGACUUGGGCGGCAAUGGCCUAUAUUAUUUCCGUCAACGCGGCCAUCCUUUCCGACUCUGGAGGGACUUGCGAAUGCCCGACGCCUGAUUUCUGCCCGCCUGGCUCCAAUCCCGCCUACGAUAUUUGCGUGAACGAAGUCCGGAAUGACUUGAUCACCACAACAGCAGCAAUUUCUGCGCUCUCCAGUUUCCUAAUGGGUGCGCUCGCUAACCUGCCUGUUGGAAUGGCUCCGGGUCUCGGAUUGAAUGCCUAUUUCACCUACUCCAUCGUCGGAUUCCAUGGGUCAGGCUUGAUCUCUUAUCGUGAAGCACUGGCGGCUGUCUUCUUGGAAGGAUGGAUCUUCUUCAUACUCUCGCUAUUCGGCCUUCGACAGUGGCUCGUGCGACUCAUCCCUCAAUCUUUGAUCCUAGCAGUUGGUGCUGGUAUUGGUCUGUUCAUCGCUUUCAUUGGUCUUUCAUCUGGCGGUCUUGGUGUCAUUGGCGGAGACGUCGUCAACUUCGUCGGCCUUGGUGGCUGUCUGCCUGACAAACAAAUGGAAGGACUCCCCGGCUACUGCGUUGGAGGUGUCUUGCGAAGUCCCACAAUGUGGUUGGGCAUAUUCGUCGGAGGGUUAUUCACUGUCCUGCUCAUGCUCUAUCGCGUGCGCGGUGCGAUCCUCAUCGGCAUUUUCCUGACCUCCAUCAUCUCGUGGCCGCGGCCAACAGCGGUCACGUACUUCCCGCAUACGCCCCUUGGCGACCAGAUGUUCGACUACUUCAAGCAGGUCGUCACCUUCCAUCCCAUCCAGCGUAUCCUCAAUGUCAUCGAUUAUCAUUAUGGCAACGGUCACGUGUGGUAUGCUUUGAUCACCUUCAUGUAUGUGGACAUUCUUGAUACCACUGGAACCCUGUACUCGAUGGCCAAAUUCGCCAACCUGCGCGAUCCCGUCACGCUUGACUUUGAGAACUCCACUGUUGCAUACUGUGUCGAUGCCUUCUCGAUCAGCAUGGGUGCUCUCAUGGGCACCUCCCCCGUCACUGCCUUCAUCGAGUCAGCCACGGGUAUAUCUGAGGGCGGUAAAACCGGCAUCACCGCGAUGGUCACUGGCUUGUGCUUCUUCAUCUCGGUCUUCUUCGCGCCCAUCUUCGCCUCGAUACCACCAUGGGCUACUGGAGGUGCCCUCGUAAUCGUCGGUUCAUUGAUGGCUCGGAACGUCCGGGAGAUCAACUGGGACUACAUGGGUGACGCCCUCCCCGCGUUCGCCACCCUCAUCAUGAUUCCUCUGACCUAUAACAUCGCCUACGGUCUUAUCGCCGGCGCUGGAUCAUAUCUUGUCCUCAAUGGCGUCCCAUGGCUCUUAAUGAAGCUUAGCGGAGACCGCAUUGCCCCACCCAACAUGCACCUGCGCGAAGAGUGGGUCAUUCCCUCGCAUAUGACGCCGUACUGGAUCCGCAAAGCUCUUGGUCGGGCAAACGACGACAACUUCGAAAUGGAGAACCGUCAAGACAAUGUCAUCGUUGGUGCCGAUGGUCGCACUGACACAGUCACGCCAGAGCCCGAAAAACGCGACGACGCCAGCCUGUCGUCUCCUGUCCACCGUUAUCAAUAA